AUGGAAUCACUCAUGGGCGAAUUGGUUCAUAGUAAUGAUCCACGUGCGGAAGCAAUUUUGGCAGAAUUAAUGAAGGACGAUUUACAUCCUCUUCAUAAAGCCAGAAGAGUGAAUUAUGCAACAUGGAGAAAUAGACUAGCGUCAUCUGGAGAUGUAUUAGAAACUAGAUCAACUGGAUCUUUAACGGAUUCUCCACCUAACGCUAACACCAAUGAUUAUUUCAGUAAUGAUAAUGAUGUCAUGGGAAUUCUCAGCAUUGAUGAGAAAAAUCAAGUUAGUUAUUAUGGACGAAGCAGUGGCCUUCAAUAUUUAAUACAUAGUGGUCGAUACAAGGAUGGAUUAUUGUCACUUUCUAAUAACACAAACAUUCAAACUUCAGCAUCAAAUCAAAAAUUGGCAUUGCGACCAGAGCUUAUGGAAUUGCCUUCUCAAGAAUUGUCCGAUCAUUUAUUAAACCUUUAUUUCAAAUAUGUCCAUCCAAUUGUUCCUAUCAUAUAUAAGCCACGAUUUUUCGAAUUGCUAAAGGAUCGUGAGCAUCUACCUUAUCUUUUGUUGAAUUCUAUGUAUUGUAUAGCUUCAAUUUAUUCCGAUAGGCCUGAAAUAAGAAAAGACCGGGAAAACCCGUUAACAGCAGGAGAUAUUUAUUUUGAUCGUGCGAAGGCUUUGCUCGACAAUGAUUAUGAUAGAGCUCAUGUAACAAACGUUCAAGCUUUGGUUUUAUUAUCUAUUAGAGAGCAUGGAACCGGUCAAGAUACGAGAGCUUGGAUUUAUUCCGGUAUGGCAACAAGAAUGGUACAAACUUUAGGAAUGCAUCGUAAUAACGAAAAGUGGCAUUCAAUCACAUUGUCUCCCGGAGAAAAGGAAGAACAAAGACGCAUCUUCUGGAAUUGUUACAUUCUUGACAGGAUACCAAGUUCACAUUUGGGACGCCCAUUGGCUAUCGAUGAAAAAGAUGUGGAUGCCGCACACCCAUCAGCACAUGAAUAUGAUGAAUUCGAAUCAUUUUCAUAUAAAAUGGGACAUGCAAUAAGCAUAAUACCAUCACCUGACACCACAAAUAAUAAAACUCCGAUACAAGAAUCAAAAAAUCUAAAAUCGACCUACAUUAUGUCACGGUUUAAUUGUUUGAUUAGACUUUGUGAAAUAAAGGGGCGUAUUCUUCAAAACAUAUAUGCAAUAAAAUGUAAUCAAGCAUCAGUUAGUGAUUCAGUAAUUUCGAUUCUCGAGUCGUCGCUUAGAACCUGGUUUGUAACAUUACCACCAGACCUGCAAUGUAACCCAGAUCAACAUUUUGAAGAUUUGGAUUUUUUGACGCUCAAUCUUCAUAUUAUAUAUUAUGAAACAUUAAUUCUUCUUCAUCGCCCAUAUGCAGCAGAAAAUAAUUCAUCACGUAAAAUAUGCUCGUCAUCAGCAGAAAUCAUUUCUGAUAUCGUUGAUUUGAUGUAUAGAAAAAAUACAUUGAAGAGUUGCUUGCCUCUUACAAUUUACAAUAUAUUUAUAACUUCUAUUAUUCAUACUUGCAAUGCUACCCAACCUGAUAUCACUAUCUCACAAUCAGCAAAGAUGGGUCUUGUGAAAUGUAUAAGAGCGAUAGAAUCCUUAAAAAACCAUUGUGUAUUAUCACACAAUGAUGAUGAUGAGAGUUCUACAAAAUCACAAAAUUUUAAUAAUGCAUCAUCUCCAAGCGUUUUACCUUCAUAUCAACGACACUCUUCAGUAAUGAAUCAUAAUAAUCCAGCCAUAGCUUCACCACCGUUUAAUUUUAAUCAAGCUCAACAACAUCGACAUCUACGUCAUAACUUUCAAGAACCGGCACAAAUGUUUAGUAACUCGUUUGGAUUAAGAAAUGUGACCACAUAUUCACAAUCACAAACACAAUCUAAUGCAAACACAUCUGAUCCUUAUUCAGCACAAGGUGUAAUUUCACCAAAUAAUGGAGUUGGAAAUAAUACGAUUUGUUCUUUGAAUUCUGGAUUUUGGAACCUUCCACAAGGUGCAAAUUUCGAAGAAUGGUCUUCUUAUCUUCAUUCGCAACAAGUACAACAGAGUGUCACAUUACCUUCUCAACAAACACUUACAUCCCCUAUGUCAUUACAACCAUUAUUGUUACACGACAAUGGAAAUAAUGUAAACAUGUUUGCAAAUAAUCAAGCAUUGAUUUCAGAAUUUGAGUGA